GCAACAGACACGUUAAGAUUCCUAAAAACGUUAAUAAAACUCAGAACAGUUCAUGACUCUUAACCAAUUCACAAUUUGCCACGUGUCCUGCCUUCUGCUCCGUUGUUUCCUUCUCUUUGACAUUGCUUACCAGAAACGCCAACUGAUUUUUCCUUCUUUUUCCUCUUUUCUCUUCCGAGACCCAAACAGAAAAGCCUUCGCUUAUUUUCAGCUCCUCAAUUUCCCAACUUAUCUAAAAAUCAUACUAUUUGACCAAACCCCAAAAUGGGAAAUGUAUUGGGGUUCCUAUAUGGACAUUUUUGCAAGCCUACUACAACAGGGGACUCUGAAUCGUUGGGACCUCAUGGUUUGUCUACGGCCACCGUCGGAGUUUCAACUCUUGCACAGGAUUUGUUUCACUUUGAGAUCACCUCUCAGGUUCCCCAACGGCUUAGCGAAUGUGUUGUCUCUUCCAAGAAGGCUCAAGCUAAUUGGUAUAGAAAGCUAUUGGAGGCAUGGAGAGAAGCAAAGCCUCCACCAAAAACACCAGAACAAGCUGCUAGGCUUGUUAUUCAGACCUUGGCAAGACAUAAAAAGGCAGAUGUUGAGGGUUUAUUGUCUUUCUAUGGUCUCCCGCUCCCUCAUACUCUUGUUGCACCUUCUACUGGUGUCCCAACAACAUUGCCAGAGGGGGUCAAGUUUGAGCUGCAGACUCUACCAGUGGAUGCAAAAGCUGUGCCUGAUGGAGACACAAUUUCUGUCUACGUUAGCACUGCUGAUCCAAGGGAGUCAUCGUGUGUUCCAAGAGAUGUUCAAAUGGCAGCUGUUCAAAGAUCCAAGGCGCGUGCUGAGAGGAACUAUGAUAGAGCAGAUGCACUACACAAGAAAAUUAUCAACUCUGGAUACCGGGUAAUUGAUGUUCAAAAUGAAGAGAUUCUUGCUCGAAAGUAUCGCAUUCGACUAAGGGGAAUAGAUGCACCAGAGAGUUCAAUGCCGUAUGGAAAAGAGGCACAGGAGGAGCUAGUUAAGCUUGUCCAGGGCAAGUGUCUAAGAAUCUUUGUCUAUGGCGAAGAUCGGUAUGGCCGCUGUGUUGGAGAUGUAUAUUGCAAUGGCAUAUUUGCACAGGAAGUAAUGCUAAAGAAAGGGCUUGCAUGGCAUUAUACUGCUUAUGACCAGCGCUUCGAACUGGCAUCGUGGGAGAAAGAGGCUCGAGCAAAACGUGUAGGCUUAUGGGCUUCAUCAAAUCCUGAGAAGCCAUGGGAAUGGAGGAAGGACAGAAGGGAAGGCAGAUGACCUUUUCUUAGUUGACCAUGUAGGCAACUGUGACUUAUGUUUGCCCUGAAUCAAACUGAGCAUGCAUGACCAAAACCAGGCCGAUGAUAUGUACUCAAGACCCGAGACUGCUAGAAUAUAGAAAAUAAGGCACACAUCUUAGAAGCUUUACCUGCAAAUAGCUAGCCAACAUUAUUUAUGUUGUAAUUAAUAGUGUAUCAAAAAUCUAAAUCCUCUGUUAAAGAUUGGAAAGGCCGACUGAUCAUCUUUGCUAGAAUGAAAAUGUCAACAUAAUUAGCACAAAUUACAUA